ACAGUCUGGCCGCUGGCGGGUAGCGCGCGCCGAGCCUUAUGUGCAGCCACCAGCAUCAUCCUCCCCCGCUGUUGCUGCUGCUGCAACGACUCCAAUGAUCCGCGCCGUCACUGCUGGACUACACUAUCACGGCCACGAUAACGGCGAUGCGCGUCCGAGCAACAUGACGGUACGACGAGAUUUUCUCAGAGCCGCAGCCAGUCUCAGCCUCCUUCUGCUACUGGUCCUUGGCUGCGACGCCAAGAUCUCCGACAAACGACUCUGUUAUGACGAGAGCUGCUCCGUUGUGGUGUCCAUGGGCAGGACUAUCCUACCGUACCACUCCAAGGAUAAUGAUGUGCUGAGCUUUCCACCAAACAUCGAUGUCAAGAUUUUCAGUAAAGAGGCGGGUAAUAGAACUGAUCUCUGGGGUAUAGAGGUUUUGGGUAAACGAGGCUAUGCUCCUAAGUCUUUUAUUAGAGAAAAUAAGGUAUAUCACAAACGUGAAGCCUUAAAGUAUGAAGUACCAACAGAAGAGAAUAUUGGUGCAGGAAAAGCUGAAAAUUUACCUGAAAGCAUCAGUAGUGCUGUGUCUGGGGUUACGCAGAAGGAGCAGAAACCGACUGAUGUACCGGUAGAUCCAUUAAACAAAAAUAUCCAAAAUACGAUUGCGCCACAUCAAGUUUCUCCUUCUUACGACUCUGUUUACGAUGGCACUGUUUUGCCUCAGGAAAUCAGUGCUGCAGAACCUCCUUCACCCAGCUAUUCUACUCAAACUCUGCAGGACCAUGUCAAGACAGAAGAACAAGUGCGACUGAAUGUGUAUCCAAAUCCAAAUAUUAUAACCUCUACAUUAAAUGCAUUGGCUGGUAUUUUAAAUAGUGAUGAGGAUUUUUCAAAAGAGGCAAGCCCAGAGGUUGACUCAUCAGAGAAAGUUACGAGUGAAGAGGUGACUGAAAAAACGCCUGAAAUUAAAAAGGCUGAUGAAUCUAGUCCUAGUUCUGAAGAAGAUGGUGUAGUACCAGAAGAUGCUGCACCAAAAGAUGCUUCAUCAGAAGAUGUUUCACCAGAAACUGCCAGUGAAGAGGUUACUGAGAGCAAAUCAUUGCAGCCAGAUUUAGAAGAAACUGCUCCUUUAGCAGGAGUUGAAGUAACUGAAAAUAGUAGCACUAAUGAAACAGAAUCUGUAGAAAAAGAAACCAACCAACAGGAGAAAGUGUCAGAAGUUCACGAACAAAACAUAGUGCCAGAAGCAACUUCAGAAGAGAAAGUAGAAAAAGCUGUGGACGAGGAGAAACCAGUUACUCCUACACCAACCGAAAGCUCAGCAGAGGAGCUUCCUUCACCAGAGGUAAGCACCAACGAAAUUUCUAAAACUGAGGUCUCAGAGGAAGUCCAGCCAAUUGCACCAGAGGAUCUCCAGAACGACACUGUGCCAAAGCAAGAAGAAGCCCUUCCCAUUCCCUCUAGCUCAGAUAGUCUCGUAAUCAACGAUACUAAUGCGUCGGAAGCGACGCCCGCCGCUGAGCAAGCAAUUGUAGAUAAGCAAGAAGUAGAGGAGGCAAACGACACUUCAGCGUCGAAGGUCGACGAUUUCGUAUUCCCCGAAGUGCCUUCAAAACAGCAGGAACCGGUGCAGUCUGCCGAUCAACCUUUUUUACUUACCGUACAACCGGAUGUUGUUCCGGAGAGCGUCUCGGAGAUCGUUGAAAAUGUGACUGCACCCAAUGUGUUCGUCGAGGAAGCCAAUCUACUAGACGACGUACAGCGUAAGCUCAACGACAACGUAGUCCAGGCCAGCAGUGAGACGAUCGUCGGUGGCGUACCCACAUAUCAUCACAACGAUUCGGCGGUCGACAGCAGCAAGGAACCGGUGGACUCUAGCCACGAGCACGUCGUCGACAUACCGGCUACACCGAGCUUUGGCGAAUUUCUCGGCAAUCGAAAUUUGCUGAAUGCUGGAAAAGGUUUUCAAUACGACGAUUAUUCGGGGGAGAUUGGAGUAGACAAGGUGGUUUACGAGGAGAGCAUCCAAACUACGACUUCUGGAAGCGACGAAUAUGUUACCACUGAAACCAGUAAAGAAGAAGAGCCCGUAAGUUUUGAAGAUGCUCUGCCAGCUAGCGAUGUUGAGAAAAUAGUUUUGCCGCCGGAAACUUGUGAUAAACCGUACGAUUGUUCGAGUGAUCAUGCGAGACAUCACUACAGUGCUGAAGAGAAUGCAGUAACUAAUGCCACAAAAAUGGCAAACAAUUCUGAAACUUUGUUAUACGUUUGUAUUACGGCUGUGACGACUUUAUUAUUUUCCCUUGGUUAUUACUUCUUAGAAAACAGGAGACGCGAUGCAUACCUCAUAGUGAAGAUUAACAACCUCGAGAAAGACUUGAUGAUAACAAAGAAAGAGUGUAUCAUGCUGGACGAAAACUUCAAGUCUACGAAAACGAAGUUGGAUUCAAUUGAGGAUGAAUCGUUUGGUUCGAAUGAGAUGGUGUUAUCAUUAAGAUCCGAAUUAGCUGCUUCUGAGAAUGCCCGGAUAGAGCUGGAAGAUCAAAUUGCAUCGCUAGAAAAAGAAUUGGAAAGUACAUCGGAAGCCGGUCUGGAAUUGGAGCGCAUGUUGCGCGAGAUUCUGUCGACUCAAAAUGAAGAAAAUAAUCCUCUGGCUCAAUCAAUUGAGGACUUGCAAGUUCGUUUGAACGAUCAGCAACUCGCCAACGAGUCGUUGACCAAUGCUCUUGCCGCCAAAACCCAGGAGCUUGAUUUCUAUAAACUAGAGAAUGAAACCCUCACUGGUGAUCUCACGGUAACUAUAAAGAAGAUGGAAGAACUGCAAGCAGAAGUUGUAAAGCUGGCUGAAGAACUUAAAACUCAAACAAGUACAAAGAUCCAACUAGAGCAAACACUGUCCGACCAAAUUGAAAGACUUGAAAUUCAAAUUCGAACUAUUACUGAGGAUAAGUCACAUUUACGUAAACAAUUAAAACUAAAAGAAUUAGAAGUCAAAGAACUUAUGGGUGUCGUGGAGCAAUUAAAUUCAAAUAGUUUGGAUUUCGAACGUUUGUACGAAGUCUCUCAAAUUAAGGCUGAAGCUGCUCAUCUGCUGGAAGAAAGAGAUGAACUAAAGAGCAAAUUAAGUGAAGUGGAAGGUGCACAUCAACUACUCGAGGAACACGUAAAACUUACAAGAGAAGAAGUCGGUUUUCUCAGCGAACAGUGCAAAGCUGCCGAGAAAGAGAAAAAAGAUGCGGAAACACGGCUCGAAGUAUUGACAAAGUUCUUUGAAGAUAAAGAGGCCCAGAGACAAAAGGAAGAAGCCAUAUGGCUCGAAAAACAGGGCGAAGUGUCAUCCACAGUAGAAAGGAUACAGACAAUGCAAAAUGAAAUACUUAAUUACAAGCAACAAAUAGAGAUGUUGAAACGUGAAAUAGUCGAUCAAGAACGGGAAUACAAGAAUCAAAUUUCGCUUCUUGAAACAAAGGCUCAUGAACACUGGGUGACUGCGCGACAGAACGAGCGGCGCUUGGAAGAAGUCAAGGCCGAAUCGAGUCAGUUGCGCAAUCGUCUUACCCUUGUGGAAAAGAAUAUAAACGACGGAGAUCCCGAAGCUAAGCUACAUCGCGCGGCUAACGGCGAGACGGCCAGCAACGCCCAUGCGCUCUUCGUCGGAGGUGAGACGUCGAGCUCCCCGCUGAUGUUCGCCGCUGGCGGCUCCUCAUCCACGAACCUACCACCGCUACCACCGCCGUCCUACCUGUAUGGACCUCCUGGCUCGUUUCCACCGCCGCCUCCCCCGGGCUCGUUCCUGCCACCGCCACCACCGCCUCCUGAACUAGUGGGCUCGCGACCACCACCUCUGGGCGGCGGUCGGCUCUCGUCUCCACCACCGCCCGGAGGAGCCGCGGCUAGCUCGCCGCCCUUAUCGCCACCGCCACCGCUGCCCUCGCACAUGCAGUACAUCCACGCCCGGAUCCUCGCCGACCGGCAUCGCUCGCCCCCGCCGCUGCCUCCUUUUGCCAGCGACGGAUCUUUCAUGCCCAGGCUGCCUCCACCGCAUUUCUCUCAUCAACAACAGUCACAACAAUAUCAACAACAGCAACACACGGCAGGUAACGCGCACAACCACCUGGCCUGGCCUCCCGAGGAGCUGCCACCUCCCCCGAGGAACUCCUCGGCGGCCUUUCAGCGUGCCAGAAAUCACAAAGGACGAAAACGUUUUUCUAAAGUCAGGCAAUUCUGGAGUACGAUGGAAGGAAAUAAUGCUAAUAAGUGAUGAAUUAUCAGGUUCCUUACAUUCUUCCGGGGAGUCGUUGGACAAGUCUCAUCAUGGCGGAAAAGUUUAGGAAUAUUUCUUUUUUUAUUUCGACAAUUUGAAGAACGUUUUUGAAGUCCAACAAUCGUUUGUAUAUCGAAAUGAAUAUUUUUGACACUGAAAGAGCCUUAGUCAGUGCAAUGCUAGUCAUUGUUCUUUAUAAGGCGCAUUCGGCACUGUCAGCAGUGCUUUCGUUAAAACUUAAUCGUGAUCAUUGAAAAUUUGUAAAAUAUGACGGUUAGCGAUGACAGGUGAUACUUUUUUCAUUAUAUUUUUUUAACGCAAUAAAUAGCUUUCUUUUUUUCUAAACUCAUAUAAGUAAUCGUUGAGAGUCUCUGUCUUAUUAUAUCCAUUGUUUGUCAAUUUCGUAUAGUACGAGUAAAUUGUCAGUUAUGUCAAUGUUAAGUUAAAGUUUAUUAAAUAAUUUGCAUUUCUGUGUAUGAAUGUAUGUACUUGUAAAAACCGUGCAGAAUCAAUGAUUAUGAUUUAUCAAACGGAAUGUAUGUUCAACAAUCAAAGCUGUAUCUAUAAUAGCAGAACUAUAAAAAUGCAAUUGUUAAAUAUGAUUUUAAACAAAUUUAAAUAAAUUGUAAUUUAUUAUUAACA